CACCUGCAGUUACCGACGUUUAACAUUACCAUUCUCACUCAACCCACGUGUCCCGGUAUCUCAAUCAUAAUUUUUGCAGCUCCCGCGCAAACAUAAUCCGCAAUCCAGAUUAUCGGAGCAGUACACUACGAUGGCGCCUCUCACUGAGCAGGUAGCCGCAUUCGUGAAGCGCGAGGAUGGUUGCGGCGCCGGCCGUUAUCGUGGCAGGGAUGGGCUCUGCUACACAUACUCAGGAUGGUACUGGUGGGGGAGAUGGGUCUUCGCGGCCCUCGCGAUCCUCUUCGUCAUCCUCCUUUUGUUCUCUUUGUUCCGUAAUUCGCGCCGGCGCAGAAAGCUAGGAUUACAGCCAAUGUACGGGACCGGCUGGAUGGCACCCCCUCCCCAAUAUUAUCCUCCGCCUCCGCAGUACGCCGCGCAGGACCCGCAUGCCGGGAAUCCGCCGCCGGGCGGUUACAAGUACGGUCAGGGUGAUGGGUAUGGAAACCAGGAGGGCAUUCAGCUUCAGCAACCCUCCAGCGCCUACCACCGUCCCGAUGCCGAUUACGCCCCUCCUCCCGGGCCUCCUCCCAACCACGGCAAGUAAAUUGGCGCUGGGCCGAGCAUCAGUGGGCCAUUGAUAGGAGAAGCAAAACCUCUAUUUGCCGUUACUCUGAUUACUGUUAUUUCUAUUGUGAAGGG